CGCGCCGGCCCCCAGCGCCAGCUGCCGGAGCGCCGCCCCAGCCCGCGCCGCCGCGAUGGCGGAGGACAGCGAGUCCGCGGCCAGCCAGCAGAGCCUGGAGCUGGACGACCAGGACACGUGCGGGAUCGACGGGGACAAUGAGGAGGAGACGGAGCACGCCAAGGGAAGUCCUGGAGGUGAUUUGGGUGCCAAAAAGAAAAAGAAGAAACAGAAGAGAAAAAAGGAGAAACCGAAUUCCGGAGGCACCAAGUCAGACUCGGCAUCUGAUUCCCAGGAGAUUAAAAUUCAGCCGCCUUCAAAAAAUCCCACCAUUCCAAUGCAGAAGUUGCAGGAUAUCCAGAGGGCAAUGGAGCUGUUAUCCGCAUGCCAGGGCCCCGCCAGGAACAUUGAUGAGGCUGCCAAACACAGAUACCAGUUUUGGGACACUCAGCCGGUACCCAAACUAAAUGAAGUAAUAACAUCUCAUGGCGCAAUUGAAGCUGAUAAAGAAAACGUGCGUCAAGAACCGUAUUCCCUGCCACAGGGUUUUAUGUGGGACACUUUAGAUUUGGGUAACGCCGAAGUGCUCAGGGAGCUGUACACCCUGCUGAAUGAGAAUUACGUGGAGGAUGACGACAACAUGUUCCGGUUUGACUAUUCGCCCGAGUUCCUGCUGUGGGCUCUGCGUCCCCCAGGCUGGCUCCUCCAGUGGCACUGUGGAGUCAGGGUGUCUUCGAACAAAAAACUAGUGGGGUUCAUCAGCGCCAUUCCCGCGAACAUUCGGAUCUACGACAGCGUGAAGAAGAUGGUCGAAAUCAACUUUCUUUGUGUUCAUAAGAAAUUGAGAUCAAAACGGGUAGCCCCAGUGUUGAUUCGAGAAAUAACCAGAAGAGUGAACCUGGAAGGGAUUUUCCAGGCUGUUUAUACCGCUGGAGUGGUUCUUCCGAAGCCAGUGGCCACAUGCAGAUACUGGCAUCGAUCACUAAACCCCAGAAAACUGGUAGAAGUGAAAUUUUCUCACUUGAGUAGAAAUAUGACUUUGCAGAGAACAAUGAAGCUGUACAGACUUCCAGAUGUUACAAAAACUUCAGGCUUGAGGCCAAUGGAACCAAGAGAUAUCAAAGCUGUUCAAGAACUAACCAACAGUUACCUGAAGCAGUUUCAUCUAGCCCCGGUGAUGGAUGAAGAGGAAGUAGCCCACUGGUUCCUCCCCCAGGAGCACAUCAUUGACACUUUUGUAGUGGAGAACUCCAGUGGUAAACUAACUGACUUCCUGAGCUUCUACACGCUCCCCUCCACAGUCAUGCAUCACCCCGCUCACAAGAGCCUCAAAGCCGCCUACUCCUUCUACAAUAUCCACACAGAGACGCCGCUGCUGGACCUCAUGAAUGACGCGCUCAUCAUCGCCAAGCUGAAAGGAUUUGAUGUAUUCAAUGCGCUAGAUUUGAUGGAAAAUAAGACAUUCUUGGAAAAACUCAAGUUUGGCAUAGGCGAUGGCAAUUUACAGUAUUACUUGUACAACUGGAGGUGUCCAGGGACAGAGUCCGAAAAAGUUGGACUCGUAUUACAGUAGAUGGAUAUUUCUGUUUCUAGAACUCUGAUGGCAACAUUUGUUAAUAUCCUAGUUAAUGAUUCCUGGACCUGCCAUUCCAAAGAAUAAAAGCACAACCUAAGUGACAUCGAAGUGUCAGUAACAGAAAAGAUGGAAAAACAUCCAUUGGUGACCAAUAGAACACACUUCUAGCUAGAAUGUUAACAUUCAUCCUUUUUUCACUGUUGACCCAUUUGUAGGAGGGAUGGAAGGAGGAUACAAAGAGCACAUUCCUCUGAUUUUCAACCUUCUGACUGUCUCUCAAUGAAGAGAAGGUAUUUGUCCCUCUCUAGAAAAAUGGACCACUUUUCUAUGGAUUGAACAGAAAUCACAGAAUCGUGUAAGAAAAUCUUUGCCAUUGUGUGGAGAUAAACUGCUGCCUUUCUGUUUAUUAAGCGGGGGUCUGUGGGUCCGUGUAGCAGAAUGAGGGAGCUGGAAAGGGUUUACUUAUGUCACUACACAUGAUCUCAUCGGGAACAUCUACGGAGCCAGCAUUUCUGUAACGCAGUGAUGAGCGGUAGGUGUUAAAGUGAAGAGUGAGAUAAAAAUGUACUGGUUGACUAUUUCUCUAGAAGCAAAGUUGCCAAAUCGAUAAACACACAAAUGGGUACUUUGAUCUUCAGCAGGUUCGUGGAUUGGUUCCAAAGCAAGGUUUGGGGCAAACAUUAAAUGUGUUCUCUGAAGAGCACACAACCCUGGCAAACUAUAGACUGUUCUGCUCCUGCAGAGACUCUUUUCUUCUCAGCAACAGCCAGGGUAUGUGAGGAAAAGAAAAAUCAAAGCCCUCAAGUCAGAAGACAUGCCCAGUGGAGUUUGAGUGCCAUGAGGACACUGAUAAUUUGAAUGUUUUUUAUUACUUAUGCAGAAUUGCACAUAUUUCUGUAUCCUGACUCUAAUUUAUCAUGAAAGCUGUCGUGCUCUAGGAAGGUGUCUUAUUUGUAAAUAAGUUUUGUGGUUUUGUUACUGAUGGUGUUUUUAUCUAGGAUUUGAAAAACCAAGUUUCUCGGUGUACAUAGAUAAUGUAUAUAUCACCAAUAGCCCAAGGGGAAAAAGAUGCUGGACAAGGCCACCUAAAACGGCCUCGACUCAAAUACCACAAAGUAGAUACUUCUUCCUGCCUUUAUGUACCAGUGCCUAGGCCGUUCAGUCCAGGAAAAUCUAAUUACCUUUGACAACAGGAUGCCCUUCCUUCGUGUUAUAAGUAGUCAAAGGACACAAUCAUACCUUAUAAAAACCAGGCAGGAGCUAGCACACUGUGUACAGCCCACGAGCUAAGAAUGGUGUUUACAUUUUUGAAUGGUUGAGGAGAAAAAAAAAUAAUGUUUUGUGACACAUAAAAACUACAGGAAAUUCAGAUUUCAGCAUCCAUAAAUAAAGUUUUAUGGGAACAAGGCCUCAUUCAUUCAUGUGUUGCCUGUACGUGGCAGGCAGAGUUGAGUUGUUCCGACAGAGACUGUGGACCCAAAGGCCUAAACCUGGCCCUUUAGGGAAAACGUUCUAUUGCCCCUGAUUUCCCCUAAAAAUCAGAAAGCCUCUUUCUGCAGCUUCCCGUCAUCCUGAAGGCCACCCCACAGCUGUGGCACCCUGGGACCUCCACUAGGGGGCAUGCGUGGGCUCCGAAGUCAUCCUUAAUUUAGGACACCACUGCUUUCCUUCUGGAAGACGCAAGGGAAGACUUCUCCUAUAGGAUGAUUCAAACCCAAUUGCGUUACCUUUUUUUCCCUAAUGUGAGGAGGAUGCCUGCAGAAGCAAAAGUGAAUCAAUUCACUGAAACACCAGAAUUAAGUAAACAAGAUUUUUAACAUAAUCCAGUCGAGGAUCCAGUUGGGAAUUAUGUUCCACUCAUUUUUAUCGCACAGUCUUACAUGAAGUAGGUUUUCGAAUAAUUGCAGGAUUGUCCCUCAGAAAUUGUGUCACGGGCUCACCUCAUGACAAAACUGUGGCAUUGUUCCUCUAUUCACUUACAUAAUUGCAGUUAAUAGAGUUCAUGUUCUUUUACUCAGUAAUUUUUAAAUACAGUAAUUUAUAAAUUAUUAGCACAUUUGCCGCUUUAUAAUGCCUCUUUAUAAUUUACGCAUGUUACCAAUGAGCAUUUUAAAGUAGAAAAUCAGUACAGCUGCUUGUGUUUAUAAAGUAGCCGUUAGAACUAAAUUUCAAUGCAAUAUACAGCGUCUUAUAGAUUCAAAAAACCCACACCACCCCGUGUCCUUUGUCAGUAAUGGAGAUGCUCUGGUCCAUGCCGUAUCCGUGCCCACACACCCCGCCUUUUUUUGGUCAAGAUGGCAUUCAGUAAAUUUAAAUAGAGGUGGCAUAAUCCACAGAUCAACCAGAAUUUAGGCUGAAAGUAAACUUUGGCAAGCCAGUACCUUCCCCGUAAAUUACAGAAAGCACCUUUUCCAAACACAUGCUGUAAACAGCAGAUGCUUUAACACAGAGCACUGAUUCUGCUCCAUAAACUAACACGAGUGACCUCUGUCAUGGCAGACCCACCUCUGAGCAUCCAAGCUCCUCCGCUUAUUUUCUUAUUCUCUUCCUGCUUUAUUUCACCUAAUUACCAUCAUACUUUGGAUACAUGCUAAAGUCCCAAGGAAGUAAGUUAACCGUGUAAAGCGGUGAAUUCUACCUAGUCAGAAUACCUUAUCUAGCAAUUUUGAUAAAUGUUUAGCCUUUCUCCCAGGCCCACGCUUAGGCCUGCCUACAAAGAAAGGCAAACUGACAGUAAAAAAUGAUAAUGUUUCUGAGGACAAUGUAUUGCUUGGCAUUUACUAUCUUUCCUUUACAACUAACUGAUGGCGCACCUGCCAUCCAGUUUCAUCUCCCCCGCCAACUAGAACUGUGUUUGUGUGGCCUAUUUGCCAAGUU